AUGAAAACAAUAGAAAAUGAACCCUAGUCUUAUCCCCAAACCAUACAAACCAACACUAAGGAAUGGUUUAUAAAAUAAAAAGGGCUAAAGUGGAAGUUUGGUCAUUCUUCACAUCAUGGUGUGUAGUAGCUUAUUCGCUUUAUAGGAUUCGUAUUCCCUCUUUUAAGGAGUUGAGAAGACCUCGUUCUAAGACACUUUUUCUUGUAACAUGUUAUAAUAACUUUACUUUGGCUCUUUUCAUCUUCCUCGAUCAACUUCCAAAGCAAUCAACUUUGAGAAGAUUAUUUAGAAUGAGAGAUUGGGCUGCUCCACUCAUCGCCGCCGCGCUCUUUGCAUUUCUGACGCCGGGAUCGCUCUUUCAGAUGCCGGGGAAAGAGUACCCUUUCCAAUUUAUGAACAUGAAGACUAGUGUGGCCUCCAUGUUUGUUCAUACCGUUAUAUAUGGUUUGUUCCUUAUUUUGUUUCUUGUUGUUCUUGACCUACACCUCUAUGCAUAACAAUAUCUAAUAAGAGUUGUGAAUCAUCAAAGUUUUUAUUUUUAUUUUAUUUUUAGCUUUGAUUAGUUCUUUGUGUUGUUAUAUGAUCUUACUGUUUUUGAUAAUAUUCAACUACUUUAAUUAUUA